AUACAAAAAAAAAAAAACAAGAUAAUUAAUACAAAAUUAAUAACAAUAAUUAAAAAUGCUUGUUCUUGUACUGGGUGAUUUACAUAUACCACAUAGAUGUAGUAGUUUACCAAGUAAAUUUAAAAAACUUUUGGUACCAGGAAGAAUUCAACAUAUACUAUGUACUGGUAAUCUUUGUACAAAAGAAUCAUAUGAUUAUUUAAAAACACUUGCAAGUGAUGUACAUGUUGUACGUGGUGAUUUUGAUGAGAAUUUAAAUUAUCCAGAACAAAAAGUUGUAACUGUUGGACAAUUUAGAAUUGGAUUGUCACAUGGACAUCAAGUUGUACCAUGGGGUGAUCCAGAAUCACUUGCAUUGAUACAACGACAACUUGAUGUUGACAUAUUGAUAUCUGGUCAUACACAUAAAUUUGAAGCAUAUGAACAUGAAAAUAAAUUUUAUAUUAAUCCUGGUUCAGCAACUGGUGCCUACAAUCCACUUGACACGUCAGUCAUUCCAUCUUUUGUUUUAAUGGACAUCCAGAGUUCGACUGUUGUCACAUAUGUUUAUCAACUUGUUGGUGAUGAAGUCAAGGUCGAAAGAAUUGAGUACAAAAAAAGCUAAGAAUUUAAUUUCCUUUUUUUUUUUUUUAUUUUAUUUAAAUUAAUUUACUAUUAUUUUUUUGACAAUUAAAUUAAUAAUAUCUUGUCAAUAAAUAAAUCAAAUUAUUAAUAUUAUUAAUUAUAAAAAAAAAUUAUAACAAUUGUAUACACGU